CUCACGGUUCGUGUAUAUAUCGGAAGUCCCCGGCGCUUUUGUGCGACACGAAGCCACAUGUUGACAAUAUUUCGAGGCAAAAUGAUUUAGCAGGGAGAAUUUUUGUGGAAAAUGGCAUCGCAGGGAAAUUUCGACAGUAUACAAAGGAAAUCAAGCGGAAAAGCGAGAGAGCAAAGACCUGAGGAUGAGGAAAAAAAGCCUAAAACGACAAAGAUUUCUGAAUCAGCGAGGUAAAGCUUUCCACGUUAUCCAUGUAUUGUACUCGUGCAUAGUAGCCAAGGUGUUGACAUGAAAAUGUGCUAGAUUAAUACUUAGAUACUGUAUAAACGGUACAUUCACAUUGUGAUAUUUAUCUUAAUUUUUCAGACCAAUACUAGAAGAGCAAGCACUUCUACGAGAAAAAUUAAAAUCAGCGCCAGCAUGGAAGAAAGAUUCAAUAUCAAAGAAGAAACUCCAGCCUGUAGUAAGUGCUUUAUAUUCUCACCACCAGCCUAAAGAUGUAUAUCUAUAAUAAUAUUAAAUGGAUAUAUAUCGAGCUUAAAAGUGUGUUCAUGCUUCAAGUUGUUUUACGGUUACUUCGCAGUUAUUCGUAGUAAAUGUAGACUUUAGUCAUUUGCAAGCACGUGGUUUUCCACAACUUAAAAGGCAGGAAACUACUCCGAGGGAAAUGUAUAAUCUUUGUUGCAAGCGUGUUUUGUUGACAACAUCUCGUGCCCCCCCACUGUUUUGAAGAGACAGCCCAUACCGAGAGGAAUAGUUGAUUAAUUAUAAAUAUUCAACUUAGAUUUUACUUGUCUUCUGGUUUGAAGUGUAAGGGUUUUGGUAGUUAGAAAUACAUUUUUUAAACAUCAUAAUGUGCCAUCCAGUUCUGCUUGAAUACUCUGCAGCCAAGAAAUUAUAACUUCAAUUAUAAUUUGUGGUAAGCAUGUUGAUAAGAAUUUGUAAACAUGAUCAUUUUGAAUAUUAAAAGUGUGUGGUUAGAAUAAAUGUAUAUAGUGGUCAUUCUUGUGCAUACUGAAGUCAGAGUGUAUGAUGUGUGAUGUUGUGAUUUCAUGAUAAUACAUAAACAGAAUAAAAACAUUGAACUGUAAAUUACUCUGUCAUAAUUGUACAUGCGUAAGUCCACAAAAUACAUGUUGGUAAUAUUUUUUAGGAAAAUUGCUUGAAUAGUGUAGACAUUUUGUGUGAAUGAUCUUUAUAUACGUUUAUAUGACUCUCAUCAGCAGAGCAGCUGUGUGUAAAAUUUAUGCUAAUUUCAGUAAAGCAAGAAGACUUUUCCCUAAGGUUGUUAUAUCUAGUUGUGUUUUCAUGCCAUAUAAGGUAAUUGUGGAAGUGUGCAUGGAUCAAUAUUUAAGAUGUUGCUUACAUCACUCAGCUCAGCAUUCUCAAACAAAGACUUUGCAGUUAUUUCAGUAAUAUGUAGUCUCAGUAAUUCCACAUCAAAGACUAUAAACUACAUCAAGAUUGAUGGACUUUUCAAACAUAUCAACAUUGUUUCUGGUUGAACUGUGGGAAGCAAGAUUGAAGAGAUUCAAACAUGGAGUAAAUUAUUAAAGUUGCUUUUUGUUUGGUCAACUUCGUUUCAAACAGUAUAUUAAAUACAGAUAUUUGUAAUACUGGUAUAUAAAAUAUAAUAUAGGUUGGCAAAUGCCCAUGCAAGAAGAAAUAUGGUAACAUUUACUUUAUGGUUCAAUACUGGGAACACAAAGAUGUAAAACAGAGAACUAGUCAAAAGUCUAAUGCUAAAGUAAUGAAAAUAUGAUUUUUCUAUUCUGUAAUAAAUUCUAGUGUGCUCUGAUCGAUGCUGUGGUCAUUGUGUAUUCCAGCCUUUGAAAAUUAUUGCCUGUCGUGGUGUGACUUUUAUACCAUUACAACUUAAUUAUUGUAAUUUGUUGUAUUUAGAUUAUAUGCCUAUAUCGUCAUUUAAAUCAUAUGCCUAUAUCACCAUUUCAUAUGGGGAUACAAUAUCCAGUACGGAAGACGUCAAUAUUAAGUUACUCUGUGAGCUGAAUUCAUUCUUGAUUCUUUGCAGGUUGUGAGGCCACCAUCACCCAAUUUCAAUACAUCAAAUGUUGGUCUCAAGCAAGCAAGUUACAUAGUAGCUCCAUCUCAGGUUUGUGUUGUAUUUACAAAACGUAUCAAUUUUUGUGCUUGCACUAGAUAAUUAAUACAUAAAUAACACAACCACUAUAGUCAUUGUACAUAUAUAGUUGCAAUAGUUUGUUUAUGAUUCAAACUAUGUAAAUUCUCAGAGCUUCUGAUCCUUUUUGACAUUCCUACAUUUAUACCAACAUUUAGAGUAGUUAGGGAAGACCUUUAAAAAAUUGCAGACCUGUCAACCUUAAAAUUUUAAAACAGGGAGAUUUUGCUUUUUAGCACUUGAAAAACUGUGAGAUUUUAUCAAAAACCAGGAGAGCAAAAUUAAAGUCAUAUCCAGUGUUCAAAACAGUAAAAAAUUCUAAUCAUUUUCCCGGCUUUAUAAUCAUUAUAAUUGCAUUCGCUUCAACAACUUGUUUAAUUUAAUUUAAUGCUAACAUGGGAAGAAUGCAACUAGUUUUCGAGAUCCCACGUUACGUCAUCUCAUAUCCUUACAAUAAUCUACUUAUGGCUUAUGGUGCGAAAGUGGAUAAAAAAGCAGAACACUUGUAGUUCAUGGAGUAAGUUUCAGCUUGGACACGAGUGAUUUUCACACGAUUAUUAUUUCUUGCCAGAUAAUUUAAUGUGGAAAAUAUUCCAUUACCUCAUAACAAUUAAAACAAGCAGUUGGGAGAAACAGGUCAAAACCAGGAGUCUCCCGGCGGCACCGGGAGAGUUGACAGGUCUGAAAUUGUGUAUAGCAAUUGUUGACAUAUUUUCAAAACCUUUUAUUAACGAUGUAAAUUUCCAUAAUUAUUAUUUAUAUAACCAUAACCAUUUACUAUACACAGUAACAUAUUGUAUUUUUAAAGACAGGGUUAUGGGAAAAGCUAGCAAUUGUAAGCUAGACUAAAGUUAUAGACUCUGACUGAGAACUUUUUUGCGAUACAACUCACAUGCAUAUUGUUCUCGAUUAAGUUUUUUAUCAUAAUUGUGCUAUCUUUUUUUCCAAUUUGCGUAGGUUAUCGCUAAAGUGUCGCAUUCAUUGCCUUAAAAAUUGCAUUUUGUUGACCGUUAUGUGUUAUUUCUGAAAUUAUUAAAAACUGCAUGGUUUUACAGCUUAGUUUAAAUAUGACAAAGGAUUUUACUCCUGAAUGGGAAGUGUUGGCCAUUAAUAUAUGUAACUAUAUUUGCUCUACUGACUGCCUUGAUACAAUAAUUAACUGUGGUUUUCUGGCAGAACCUUCGUCCUUCAUCACCACCACAUCGCAGAAAGACACCAUCAAGUUCCCCUUCAGGAUCACCUGGCCCAAGUACUCCAAGAAGUGCCUCGCCAACUCUCGUGUUUGAUGCACAGAUGGCAACUGAGAACCAGCAUAGGGUUGAAAAGGCAAUGAAAGUUAGACUAUAUCUUUUGCAACAAACUGGACCAAAUUCUUUUCUUAUUGGUGGAGACUCACCAAACCAUAAAUUUCGAGUUAUGAUUGGUCCUCAGGUACAAAUGCUUCAUUCUCUCAAAUGGUUGGUGCUGUGGAUACAGUACAACUACCUGAAAAAUAUAAGGCCUAAAAAAAUCUGUGGUUCCGGUUUCAUAUUGCGAAAAAAUUAGGGUAGGACGAUAGGUAGGUCGGAAAUAAAAAAUUUUUUUGAAUAUUUUUUUCAUGGUUUUGGCGUUUUUUUGCUGGGUUAUUUUUCAGUAGAGUUCUGACAUCAGUAUUAACUAGAGAUGCGUAGUUCCUAUGGAUGAAUUUAGGCAAUUUGGUUCUAUCAAUAAUUAUUGUGACAACAGAUGCCAUUUUGGCACGCUGUACGAGCAGCUCGCAACCACCCGGAGAAAAUAGGGUCGCACGGUCAAUCGUGUUGAAAAAAAAAAUAGGGUCGGCAGAAAAAAUAGGGUCGGUCGGCAGAGUGUUAGCUACAGUCAAAAAUUCCUUGUUAAACGCCAUUUUCCCAAUUACCUUGAGGUCGCAAUUUCCCAAUUUGAGUCAGCCAAACAAUAGUUAUAGAAAUUCAAUGUUGUUAAUAUGCCAUUAAAAACAUGUUUAUAACUACAUUUGCUCAAAAAUUACUCCCAAAAUGUGGGAAAUGCCAUUUCAAAGACACAAAAAUUUUAAAAAUCGAGAGGGCAACCGCAUGCCCCCCAGACCCACAAAGAAAUGCCCGGCUUCAGGCUAAAAUAAAUUUCCCAAUUUCAGGUAAACACAGAUUUUUUUCACCAGAACCACAGGUGUUUUUUUAGGCCUAAGCAGAACUUCAACGUUUUGAUCGCAAAGGCCCUUCAUGGGGAAGUUAGUAGCACAUACAUGUACAUACUGUACUUUAAUCUCUCUUGAUCUGCAGUUCUCUUGAUUUAUCUCUGUUCAUGUAUCUCUGUUCAAUAAAUCAUAAUAUUAUUUUCUUAACAUGAAUUGUUAAAUGUUUCAUAUUGUUUAAAUUUGCAGACAUGUAGCUGUAGUAAAGGUUUAUUCUGUGUUCACCUGCUUUUUGUCAUGUUGAGAGUAUUUAAAUUGAAGGAUAAUGAUCCACUUUUAUGGGAAAAACAGCUUAAAAAUUAUGAGGUAUUGUUAAGUGGUGAUAUGGUUGAUUCUUCGAUUAAUUGCCACAUUUCAGUGGUGAUACUGAUACUAGGGCCAUUUAUAUGUGACAAAAUAAGUCGCGACUUACAUAAGACGCGACUUAAAUAAGUGGAGUUAUCGCAUAAAUGGUUCUCUACGGCUUUGGUCUUAUUUAUUUGCUAUAGCUAUAAUGUUGUUUUGGUUGUUUUUGUUUUAAUAUGCAAGGCAUUAAAUUUUACGUUGUUUCAAGUUUCUGGCAUGUGUAGUUAGACUUUUUGUCCAAAAUUUCUUAUUUAAGACGCGACUUAAAUAAGAGCAGCUAAAAGACCUGUUCUUAUGUAAGACGCGUCUUAUCCAAGACGCGUCUUACAUAAGAAUUUUGUACCUUUUAUACGACAAACUCGCGUCUUACUUAAGUCGCGUCUUAUGUAAGUCGCGUCUUAUUUUGUUCCGUAUAAAUGGCCCUAAUGUCAGCUACAGAAAUGUCAGCUACAGAAGACAUGUAAUGAAUGACCUGUGAAAUUUGCAAUUAAAUCUUUUAACAGGUGGAAAUGCUGUUCCACAAAUUUCAUGCCUCAGUCAGUUCAAGAAUAGGGAGCAAAACAAAGUUAGUUACCAAAAGUAAACAAACUGCACGUCGAGGUACAACAGAUUCUCAUGUUCAAAAUGGACCAGUUGGAGCAGGGUUGAUUAGUUCAUCUCCUAGAAGUGAUGAAGACGUUCAGUGCCCAAUAUGUUUAUUGGAAAUGGUUGAUGGAGAAAGUCUUACUAUUUGUGAUGGCUGCAGUAAUACUCUACAUCAACAUUGUAUGGCUAUAUGUAAGUUUGUAGUAUUAAUUAAUAAAAAUGUUGGUGGAAAUACAUUACAGAUCGAAACAGGGAGAUACAAAAUGAUAAUCAUGAGAAUUACAAUGAUGGUGAAAGUAGUAAUGCUGAUAUUAAUUUUCACAUAUUUCGAUCAUGUCUUGUCUUGUCAUAUUUAGGGGCCACUGAAUGUAAGAGGCAGAAAGAAGCUCUUGUUUGUCCCUUGUGUCGCAAAGUGUGGGCAAUCAAAACAAAAAAUGUAGAAAAAACUGAAAAAAGGUUCGUUUGAAUUGUGUUCUGCAUACAGUAUACAUAUUUCACAAUUACUGUAUAUGCUCUUAGAACUAAUUUAUUAAACUUACAGUAAAUAACACAGACCUGUUUUGCACAUAAAAUGUAUAUCCUGUACAGCACAUAGCACAGACUUAGUUUUGCACUUGGCAUACUGUUCUGUAUAUCCAAUCAUAAUAUUCUACAUAAAUGCUUUGUUGCAUGUACAGUACAUGUAGAAGUGUAUAAAUAUCACAGACACUUGCAUUGUACCUACAGUACAUCACAGUAAUAUGUAAUUAAUCCUAGACAACGUAUUUUGAAUUUUAUUUCUCUGUUAGCGUUAUAUCAAGUGGAGUCGAACUGGCCUUGCCAUCUGCAUCAAGUCAAGUUGAUACCAUUCCUCUUGACCAAGACUUGAUUUUACCUCAUUGUGAUCCAAUACCACCUGAACAUGUUGAACAUUCUAAGCCAUGGGCUGAGGUAUGACUGCUUAUAUUUUGAUUUGUUGAGAGUACAAGUCUAGGAAAAAUUAUUUUCCCAUACUUUGGUUUUGGUGCACUGCAUGAUGUACUGCAUGAUGUAGUGAUGUUAGUAUGUACGCAGAUGAAUUGUUGUAAGCAACACCUAGCCUACUCGUUAUUAAGUGAAAUUUAAACUUUGUACAGUAAUUUUCAAUUACCUCAGCAAACCACAGUAGUUAAACGUGACUAUAGUUGAUCAGAUUAAAACUAGUUAAAUGAUUUUAAACAUGAAACUUUCACUGUAGUGCAGACAAUGUUUUAUUUUUAUCUAUGAUUAUAGUCAACCUAAGAUAAUACACACUUGUAUUAUUGCUCAGCGCAAUAUUUAUUAUGCUUUAUGAGACAUUUCGGUUAUAUUUUUUUCCAGAUAUUUGGUGAAGAUUUAGUUUGCUGUUUGUUCUCUAAAGAAUGGAAUUAUCGUGAAAAAGGUUUACAACAUCUUUGUAAGGAGGUUAAAAUAAUUCUGACGAAUGAAAAUUUGAGUUCAUUUCCAGAAAUACUUUUGUCCAGUUGUUCUCAGAUCAUUGCAAUGAUGUGUGCUGAUCCUGUUUAUCCUGUUUACGUCCUUGCUGUGGUGAGAAUUUUAUUGCAGUUAACACAUUAAGCUCCAUGAAGACUACAUGUAAAUAAUACAUUUUUGCGCUACCAAUAUCCAGGGGUGGAAAAAAUAGGCGAGCACGCGAGCAUUGCUCGCAGAAAAUGUUAAACAGCUGCAGGAAAUUCGUUUGAAUGAAGAUUUGCUAUUGAAAAUUUGAAGGAAACCUUAACAGCCAUAUCCCACUAGGGGCGCAACAACGUAUGGUUGGCAGACAUUAUUCCUUGAAUUUAAAACCAUUGAAAUUUAUGCACACGAUAACGAAAAAAUUAACACACACGAUAAGUUUAUGCACAUGCAGAUUUAGCAUAAAAAUACUCCGUUGGUCUGCAGGAAAUUUUUGUCUCCAGGUUGUGCUUCUUUUUUCCUGCCCUGCCAAUAUUUUAUCAGCCUCGCAAGUUUUUAUUCGUGUGCGCACAAAAAACACUGGACCAGGUCUAUUUUAGAAAAGCUAAUCUUUGAUGUUGCUUACAGUAUCUAUUAAACCUCACAGCUAUUUCUUUCGACUCGGAAGAUAGAAUAGAACAACAUUCUCACAGAUAAUCACAACGAUUUUUAUUAUCUCUUGUUCUUCCAAACCUUUUAAUGUAUAUUAUACUAUUUUCGGCCGCAUUUAUAUGGGUGUUAUAUCCCUGGUAUUUUUUUAAACAUUCAAAAAUUCUUCCAUUUACUUUAGCGAGCAUUACGUGUUCUACUGGCCUACAUGUCGUACAAAUCACCAGCAGAAAAGGUGCUGUUGCAAAAAGAGAUUUCACCUGUCCUUGAAGCGAUUAUCAUGAAGUGUGCGGAUUCGAACAGGUAAUAAAAGAAUGAAACUAGCAGAUUCUUGCAUCUUGGUAACAAAUCCGAGAUUCCCAUGAAACAAAUAGCGGGCAUCGGAGUGAUCGGACAGUGCAGCUUGAUUAUUUUAAUAAUUCCUACUAAAAAGUACUACUAAAAACUAAAUUACUACUUAAAAGUAGUAAAUUUUAAUGAUGUUGUAUAUAGUUCAGUGAAUAUAUAGAUCAAUAUAUUUGUAUCUUGAGGCUAGUGAAAAUCUAUUACGAAGGACGCUAGCGAGAAUCUAUUACGAAGGACGUGCACAAUAGAUUGCUAAAACUUGAAAAUUUCUGUUUUCAGGCGGGUAAGUUCACUGUCUGCAAAGACUCUUGUUGAAUUAUGUAAAGACGAAAGUGGCGACAUGGCAUUAGGAUCAGCUUUGUCUUCAUCUUCCGAGGGCAAUCAGUGUUUGGGAGGAAUAAAUUAUGUGUUAUCAAGGACAGUUGUUCGUUCACCUGAGAAUGUCACAUGGCCUUGGUGGCUGGGUCGUCUGUAUCUGCUAGUAAAACUGCUGGAAGAAUCCACGGAUUAUUUUAGAAUCGAAACUGAAACAGUUGAUUACAAGAAAGUUUCUUUGAAUAUCAGACUUCCUUCGUCACCAAAUAAAUUACCCGAGAACACUAAUCAAUGGGAGAAUAAUUUCUCUCGCCUGAUGUUCAUAGUACAUUUUGCCAUCAAAGCAACGAGCUGUCUUCAUAGCAAAGGAAACAAGUUAGCUUUAAGGAUUUUGACAAGAUGUCUAAAGCUGGCUUCAAAAGUCCGUAGUGCUUUUACAGAAGUAAAGACGUGUUUGAGUGAGUUAGAAAAGAGUGACAGGAAUGCUUUACAAAGACAAUUUAAACAUAGACAUGCACCACAGAGAGGUGUGUCCGUAGAUUCAGCUUAUGGCUCUAGCAGUGGAGAGAACUCGCAAAAUUUCGCUGAAACAUCGUCUCAUGCCGCGAGUCUAUCUGACGGUGAUGGUAAUACACUGGAUGGAAUUCCUGACUUGUCUGAUGUUGAUGUUCAAAUGUCGGAGUUAGAAAACUUUCAUUCAGUUGUUGCUAAAUCAGUUAGUGGUGAACAUUCAUUUCCCUUGACACCACCAGGAUCACCUAGUCAAGAUGAAGGCAAAAGGCAGAGUGCAUUAUCACCAAGCUUACCUCCUAUAGAUGUUCCACUUACUACAACAAAAUGUCAAGAGAAAAUCGAAGAAGAGGAGGCAGAAGCAUUAGCCAUCGCAAUCGAGGCUUCGACACUACAGCCAUUGGUUCCACCACCAAUAGAGAAACUUAUUGCUGAUGAUAGUGAGGAGAUUGUAGUUCGAGUACAACCUGAGGUAACACACUCUAUGGAUAUCUUUGUGCAGUAUACAUAAUGUUGCAGAUUGCCUAGCAAUUUUUCGCCUAACAAUUCACACUUGUGUAAUGUAAUAGUAGAAAAUAUAAACUUUUUAAAAUCAAAUAUAAACUUUAUAUAAAUCAUACUGUAAAACAUUCCUGCUUACAUGCACCGCUAUCUAGUCCCCUUUGUGCUGUAAAUGAUCCAACCCAAUCCAUGUUUGUUUCCUCACAAGGGUGACGAAGCUGAUGGAAAGGAAAGAAAGGAUAAACAUGUAUACUUAGAAGGUAUUCACUGGACAAAGACGGAGUUAUUGGGAACUGGUGCAUUUUCCUCCUGUUACGCUGCUCGUGAUAAAGCCAGUGGAACUCUUAUGGCUGUUAAGCAGGUAAUAUUUAGGAUACUUGGUGGGAGGGAUACAUCCACCUUAAUCUGGUUGGGAGGACGGUUGAUGAGCGGGCGAUAAUAGUGAAUAACAUUGUUCUCUAAGACAAAGGCGACCAUAUAUUGUAUUCCGUUGAACAUUCCAAUACGCUGUUCUUAUUCAAACUACUACGUUAUUUACAUCAUUUCCACGUUUCGUAACUACAUCAACGCUUAUAUAACGUUCGAAGUUGGUUAGGGCUGUUUUAUAUGUCUUAUUGAAUUUACUGACUACUACUAUUAACUUUAAACUGAUAAAUACUAUAUUAAGGUAGGUAAAUACUAUUAAGAGCCAAAUAAAGUCUUAGUAUAGUGCGUACUUUGCUCAAGUAAAAAAAGCAAGUAGUUUAUUUCAUCAUUUUCAUGACUUUGCCGUUCACUUGUAACUUCAGAAACUCGCUAGUUAUGGAUCGUGGAGCUACGGCAAUGUUCGGUAACACCUGUCAAGGAACCAGGGACUAAGCUGGUGGUAUGGGUGGAGAAUCUCGAAUUUUAAGUUUGUCAGAACAUUCUUGAAAAAUAAGGUUGCCUGGGUGGUGAGAUACGCCUCCAAAGGCCCAGGAAUAGCUGUUUGAUUAAUUAAGGCCAGCGAAUUGGAUUUGAUAACGAAAUUACCAUCCCCUGUAAAUCCACCCCUUUUUUAUCUUGAUCUUGUGCAACCCAUUCAAUGGGUCUUCCUCUACGCCCUUCGGGGAAGACCCUGGGUACGAGGUUCGAUCUUGUAAUGAUUUGAACGCUUGGUUAUCGUUCUGAAACGUGUAAUAUAACUUUGCCUGUAAUCAUUCUGUCAAUAUUUCGUAAUUCUAGGUUUCAUUUUGUCGUAAUUCCUCAGAUGAACAGCAGAAAGUAACAGAUACGAUAAUGGAAGAAAUAUCAAUCAUGUCGAGAGUUCAACAUCCAAAUUUGACCACAUGUCUUGGUGUUACUCUCCAUGCAGGACAUUUUAAUAUCUUCUUAGAGUGGAUGGCAGGUUGGGAGCACUAGAUUUUUUCUUAAGGUGGAGUUACACGAGCAACAAAGUCUGAUUUCAACGCAUGUUAAAUGAAAAUGUUUACACAUAAAUUACAAAUCACAAGGCAACAUGUGUCGACAUUUCUACUUAACAUGCGUUGAAAUCAGAUUUUGUUGCAAGUUGCAGCAAUUUUGUUGCUCGUGUAACUCCAGCUUUAACUUUCUCCAACGUUUUCUUAAAUCUUGACCUGUGUAUUUGUUAACCUAUUGUGUACAAAUCACAAGGCAACAUGUGUCGACAUUUCUACUUAACAUGCGUUCAAAUCAGAUUUUGUUGCAAGUUGCAGCAAUUUUGUUGCUCGUGUAACUCCAGCUUUAACUUUCUCCAACGUUUUCUUAAAUCUUGACUGUGUAUUUGUUAACCUAUUGUGUACUGUAUAGUGGUCAACCGGAAGUUAUCAAAUUGAGAAAAGAAUGCAAAUUAAUUUCAAUUAUACCAUUAGCCAUGUUUUGUAGUAGAUUGAGAGGUGUUGCCACAAUAAGUGUCAACUUUCUGAAGUUGAUCACAUAAUUCUGUCUUGUAAUGAAACCCACUAAUAUACUACUAGAAGUAGAAUCCUGCACGGUAUAAUUCUAAAAUCAAACCCAUGCAAAUCAUGUCAGUAUAUGUUUGGGUCUUUCACUGAAAAGGAAAUUUGAAUAUACAGGUGGUUCCUUAGCCAAGCUAUUAUCAACUCAUGGAUGUUUGGAAGAAACAGUUGCAAUAAAAUACACUCAACAGAUAAUUCGAGGAGUGGCCUACCUUCAUGAACAUCAUGUUAUACAUAGAGAUAUUAAAGGUAUGGAUUCUCACACAUUUUGAAUUUUCCGUUUUGCAAAAAUAUAAAGCUAGAAUCAAGGUCUUUUUCUGUGUUGCAGGUUUUCACUAGCCAAAGUUUGUAUCUAAGAUUUUUCAAAUUCUCAACAGUUUAUUUCUCAUGAUAGGUGCAAACAUUUUACUUGAUUCUACUGGUCAUGUGGUCAAGGUUGCCGAUUUUGGAGCCGUCGCUCGUCUUAAAACUGAAAAGACGUUUACUGGAGAAUUUCAAGGCCAGUUAUUGGGAACUAUUGCAUAUAUGGCACCAGAAGUAAGUCCCCUUUUCUUUUUGCUUUACUGGUUAUUCAGCUGGGCGUUAUGGGUGAAUUAACUAAAACAGUUUCCAUUCAACCUAAUUUACAAACAUAGUUCCUUUUUCGCACAUUUAAGCAUUAAUUUUUAAGCAUUAAUUUUUCGCAAUAGCUGUUAUCGUAAUUGAAUACGUCUAUGCUACGUACCAGCGGUAUCUGCAUUAUUUUAACAUCGAGACGCUGUAGGGUCAACAAUUGUUUUGUGGUUUUUUUCCCCUUUAGCCUCGUUUUCGUGCGUACUUCCACUGAGAUACCGCUGGUAUUCCGCAGCGGCGUAUUCAAUUACGAUAACAGCUAUUAUUUAGAUAGCAAAGUAGUAUACAUAGCCACAUGAUUGAAAAGCUGAUGGGGAAAAUGAGGAAUGCCGUAUACCGUAUUUACUCGUUUGAGCGCCGCCCCCGAUUGAGCGCCGCCCCCGAAUGAGCGCCGCAUUUGAGAUCAAAUUUUUUUAAAGAGCGCCGCCCCCGAAUGAGCGCCGCACUAAUUAUUUUCCUGCGAUUACCCCUUUCAAUGCGACGAAUUUACGUCUUCUGAUGUCGAGGAAGCAUAUCCAACAAAGAAAAGGACAGUGACAUUGAUAUUUUGUAAACUUGUAAACAGUGUAAAAACUUUCCGCCGUCAAAAUGGGGACAUUUAGUGACAAAGACAUUUAAAACUUGUUUAUUUUAUUGUUAAAAGUUCUUGUUAUAAUUCACAAAUAAUUUUUUUUAAGGAGCGCCGCCCCCGAUUGAGCGCCGCCCCCAAAUGAGCGCCGCAUCUGAAGCUCUGAAAAUUUAAAGAGCGCCGCGGCGCUCAAACGAGUAAAUACGGUACUAUCAAUUCAAGGCAUUAGCGUAUUAGAAUAUUUUUCCAUACCCAUGAUAUUUUUCCGUACCCAUGGGCGACACGUUUUUGGGUUGUGUCGUUAUGAUGUUAUUCGCACAACAAAAAUUCAAAAUUUCAAAUAAACGAUGUAGUUGCGUGUUAUUCUUUUACUCUUGUCCAUCUCUUGUCAGUUCUAUCCAUGGUUCUAUCCAGAGGGUAUGGAUUCUGAAAAAUAAACUCGGCCAAAACCAAUGGUUCUAUAGUUUAUACCUUUUUGUUCAGGUAUUACGCGGUGAAAGUUAUGGCCGUAAAUGUGACGUCUGGAGUAUUGGUUGUGUUGUGAUUGAAAUGAUGGCUGGUAAACCACCAUGGAACGCUAACCAACAUUCCAACCAUCUGGCCUUGAUUUUUAAGGUAAGUGUUAUAAUGCAACAAUAAAUUAAAACUGCAAACUAAUAGUCAUGUAGUUUUUCUUAAAGUAUUAAAAUAGAUAGUACAAUCAUAGGAAAUGCGCAUGCAGUAUGGGUGGGGUAGAUUGAUUCUUUGAGCAUAAUAAGUGAAGGUACAGGUACCGCGAUGUAAGUUCCGGUAGUUAAUGAAAGACCUUUCCCAGAAAAUUAGCUCUUUAUAUAUGCAUGAUGAUUGAUAACAAUUUCAUAAUACCAAGAAUAUAGGAUUAUUAUAUAUAAUUUGGUCCAUGCAUGCACCUCCAUGCAUGCACCUGCAUUUGGUCCAUGCAUGCACCUGCGUUGGGCUGUUGGCCAGAGUAAACACAAGUACCCGAUAACCUUUCCCAUGUACAGUCCGGCAUGUAGUAAAACACUGACUACCGGAACACCACCGGAACACCGCAACACCACCUAACCCUAACCCCAACCCUAAUCCUAACCCCAAACCCUAACCCUAACCCCAAGCAAAAUGGUGGUGUUCCGGUGGUGUUCCGGUGUUCCGGUAGUCAGUGUUUUACUACAUGCCGUACAGUCCUGCGUGAAGUUGAAAUACUCUGUUCUCCAUGCUGCUAUUAUUUUAACGGAAACUUACUUUUGUUCUGGUGAUCAUCACGCAUUUUACCAGGGUUUUUUUUAUAUAAACAACACGUGCAUUACAUGUAGUAUGCAUAAAAAGUCUUGUGUUUUUCAGAUUGCGUGUUCGACAGGACCGCCAGAAAUUCCUGAUGGACUUAAUCCUGGUUUUCGAGAUUUGAUAUUGAGAUGUUUGGAUACGAAUCCUCAAGAACGAUCUGCAGCUUUGGAGCUUUUAAAACAUCCUGUCUUUAGAUGAAAGUUUGGUACAAUGAUGUAAUAGUGCAGAAUGGGGACCGCGUGGAGUAUACUCUAUGUGUGUACAUGUGGAGAGAAAUAUUUGCAACUCGCGGUUGAUAUUGAGAAUCCUUGAAGAACGAAUGCUGCUGCUUUCGAACUUUUAUAAAACAUCCUGUUUUUAUAAGAAUCUGCAAAUGGAAGUUUGAAAACAUCAAGACAAGGCUGCUGUACCACAUGUGGAGAGAAACAUAGAAUAGAGACAUAUAGAAGCCGCCGUAACACAUAUUGUUUGGUGCAGGGAAAAUGUGAACGUCUGGCAAUUAUAGACCAUUUUCAGAAUUACUGGUACGCGUACCAUUAUACAUACGCAUUACCUGGAAUUCGGUCUUUUGAAAAGACAAUGAAAACUGUGAAACUAUGAAGUGGUGAAAUCAGGAAACGAGGAACGUGCCGGCUACGAGAUUUUGUCAAAUCAUUGUAAAGUGGAAUGAACUAAUUUCGAUCCUGUCCUAUAGCGUACUCCUAGGAUCAAAUAUACUUUACCCAGUAUCUGCUGACACCAUGUGACCGAAAUAUGUGUAAGAGAUACAAAAUAUAAAAGAAUGUUGUCGAGGCUUUACGUAUAUAGUGCUUUAUACGCUCCAGUAAUUCUGUGAACGGUCUAUAAUGAUAAGUUUUUAUUCAGUAUCGACUUGCUAAGAGUGCUAAACUGAAACAUUUAACUCGGUUAAUGUGGAAAUACUAGAAUCGUAAUUCGUACAAACUGAAACAUUCAAGACAUUUUUAUAAAUCGCUCUACGGUGCAACCUUCAUUCAGAAUGUCGAUAAAAUGUAAAUUGUGUAUUAUCCAAUCGCCUCCAAACAAGCAAAACGUUCUUACAACCGUUACGCAUUUCUAACCUACACUCAUCUAGCAUCUUGUUCACCCUCACGGUACCACUCUCCUCCGCAGAGCUGUAUAGUACCCGAAGGCUAGCUAUAUAUAGUUAAACACGCGACCCUUCAGAAAAGUAUUGUAUCUAAAGUAUUUAAGAGUUGUGAAAUGUAAAUAUUGUUGAUAUUUUUUAUGUACAAGUCAACGAAAGAACUUUAUCCUUGUACUCAAUUUCGAGCAAAUUGGGGGG